GCUGGGGGGCACAAGCCAGUCGUAUUCGCCUAUCAGAUAGCACAGCAUAGAGCGCGAGAUAAGCCAAUCCGCUGUGAUCGUAAAGUGAGCUGUCGGGUUUCAUUCACUGAUGCGCGCGUCGCACCCACGUGGCCCGCUGGCUGGCAGGUAAACAACAUGCGGUGCGAGCGAUCCGUGGUGAAAAAAUCCCCACAGUGUGGCACGGGCCGCGGCGUGCCGUCACGGUGCCGUCUCCAAUCUCCCUGCCCUUUCCGCCAAGCUAGACGCCGAAGCAUGUGGUUCGCGUGCCGCGCGAAACCUUCUCUGUGGUUUGGCUGCGCCUUUGACCGCUCACUGAGAGAUGAUGAUGGCUUUUGAGGCGCCUUUCACCUUCUCACUCAGUGCAUGCCAUCGUCUAGGGUGACCAUGGUCUAGGGUGACCAUGGUCUAGGGGGACCAUGGUCUAGGGUGACCAUGGUCUAGGGGGACCAUGGUCUAGGGUGACCAUGAUCAUGCCAUGGUCAUGAUCAUCUCAUGCCAUUUCAUGGCCGAGGAGUCCAUUUUUGAGGCGCCUCAAAAAUAGACUCAGUGCAUGCCAUGGUCGUGGUCAUCGCAUGCCAUUUCGAGGGGCAGCAUGGCGCAGCGCCAGCCGCCUGGCGCAGCAGGCCGCGCAGGGGCGACCGGGGGGUUUGCCUUCCGGAAUCCGUACAAGUCACGCGACCGCGGCCCCCCGCGAGAGCCGCCGCAGAACCGCAUUGCAGAGAAGGCGUACAAGAAGUACUCCUUCUCGUCUCUUAUUAGCCGCAGAUAGGUUCUAACCUAGGACCAAGCCGGACUCUAGCCGUACUCCUCAGCGCGCCAACCCGCCACAUUCUAGGGCGAGCGUCGCCCCUGCCCAUCUUCCCUCACCUAUACCGCUCCGCUCAGCCCCCUUCCAGCCUUCCCUACCAGGGGAAGCCUGAUUUUCUAGGGAGCUCAGCCUCGAGCACCACCCCCUGGUCAAUGCCUCGAGCCUCAGCCUCAUGCUUGUUUUCUUCUUAGCAGGUAUCCUUUAAUAACUGAGCCGCACCUCGCCAGAGCACCUUUCAGUCAGUCACUGACUCACUGAGCGUCACCUGGCAUCGCCCUCCGGUCUCUUAGAAGUUAGCACCUGGCAUCGCCCUCCGGUCUCUUAGCACCUGGCUGCUGCGCCCGGAGCUCCACCCCUCAAGCGCCUUGUCUUGUACGAACAACUUGACACCCGCUCGGCUUAAAGCGCGUUCCUGGGAGUCUUUUUUGAGUGUCGGGACUCAAAAAUCGUUCCCAGGAGUCCCGACCCUCGAUAUGGCAGCCGUCCUCCUACAGCUUGCUCUCGUCCUCGCUGCCCUCCUCUCCCCGUCCUCGUUACAGCAUUCCCCGUUGCUAUCCGUCGCAGCUCCCCGCCGCAUCCUCCAAAACAACCCUACACAUACAGCUGCUACUACAAUUAGUAGUACUAGUACUACUAGUGAUAUCACUAAACCUGGGCCUCUGGUGGCGCAGCCUGCGACUUCGGGCUUUAAAGAAGCGCCUGCAAGACGAGAGGUUGCAGAAGUUCCCGUCGAAUGCACCACUGGUGUUACCAAUAAUAAUGGCAGUACUGAUGCUGCCGGUGGUACUGGUGGUACUGGUGGUGCUGGUGGUACUGGUGGUGCUGGUGGUGCCGGUGGUACUGGUGGUGCUGGUGGUGCCGGUGGUACUGGUGGUGCUGGUGGUGCCGGUGGUACUGGUGGUGCUGGUGGUGCCGGUGGUAACAGUGAUACCGGUACUAACGUCUUAGCAGCUUGGCGCCCCCGCCCGGACCGGUAUCUCCUCGCGCUGUGCUACUACGGGCGACUGUCCAACCAAGAAGCCUGCUUGCGCAACUACUUAGUAUUCGCCGCGCUGCUCAACCGCACGCUGCUGGUGCCGGACCAGGGCUUCGCGCACCACUGGAUCGACACAUACACGUGGCAAUGGGCUGACGUGGUGGAUUUUGAGCGGCUCAAGGGGUGCUUGGAGCCGGGGUAUGGGUCGAGAGCGGUGGAGAUGGUGGGGGAGGUGGUGGGAAGGGAGCGGCGGAAUGUGAGCGUGGAUGUGAUGGCGUGUGCGCAACGGGCUUGCGUGGACGAAUCGGAGAUGGGCCCUAACCGCAUUCCCUACGUUACCCUCCCCUCCUCUCUCCUCCACCCCACGGCCAACCUGUCCUUCGACCGCACAGACGGCCCCAAUCCGCCCCUCCCAAUGCUGCUCUCCGCACUCUCCCCCUACGCCGAGACAAGAAUUUUGAGCCUCGGGAAUUUGUACGGUGUGGGCAUGCACGGCUGCCCAAAGGAGCUCGUUUCGCACGUUCUGCCCUUCAAGCUGCCCGAGGAUGAACAGUGCCGGGACCUGUGGGCGCCGCCACGUGUCGUGCGCGGAUUCGUCAACGGGUUCAUUGAUACUUUUCUGGGGAAGGACUUUGCUGCCGUGCACCUGAGGAGGUCCGACUUUGCGUCUUACAUCGACACAAACAAGGACAGCCGCAACCCAGCGUACCUGCCGGUGGUGUCUGUGGCGCAGUUCAUAGUGGGGCGGCUGAGGGGCACGGGUGUCUCUGCUGUGUACCUUGCCACUGAUGCCAGCCCCUCUGAGAUCCAACUGCUGGAGAAGCUGCUGCUAGAGUUGGACCCUCCAAACCCACUCAUCCUCGUCCGCCUUCCCACCUUCCAUAAAGGCUCUUCAGAGUACCAGCAGUUCCCCUGGAUGCGAAGCUUCCAGGAAAGAGACUCGCACGAGAGCGGCAUUCUACGGGCCAUAGCAGAGAAAAACAUUUGUGCAGCUGCCCGGUACUUCAUCGGUACACCCAGGUCAACAUUUUCAAGCGACAUUUUCCGCAUGCGAGAAGAGAGGGAUGUGAGGUCAUCAAUUGACACUUUCAUCGGGCAGCCAAAAAUAUGAUGAGCCCUGGAUGGAUGGGCUUUAAAGGGCUGUCUAGUAGAAGGGUACGCUUCUCUGGUUGGAGGAGCCACGAGGAAUAAUAAGGCUGACUUUCAGAAGCAACCACGAUGAUUAAAUAAGGUGGUUGUUGUUGUCAGCCAAUAAAUGCCUUGUGCUUGAUUGGAGGAUUCAAUUACGGUAUUGGGUAUACUAAGGAACCUGCUGCCAGCUGAAUGGGAGAACCCCUGGGUCCCAGCCUGGUGCACAACUACAUUACA